AUGGGCGUUCUUUUCAACCGCAGUAGAGUACCGCUACUCACCAAAAUGAUGUUGGAAGAGAUAUCCAAUUUUGAAAAGCUACUUGCCAAGUUGAGUAAGGGUGCAGUUAACUUGGUACCUACUUGCCGCGCUCUUGAAGCAGACAUUGUGUCAAGAUUCGCUUUUGGGAAUUCAAUCGGGGCAAUUGACUCGUUGAUCAAUGGAGAGGAGUUGAGGGUUGUCAAGGAAAAUGAUCUGAAAUCAUCCGAAAUGCCACUGCACGCGCACCUCCCUUCCAUGAUGGCGGCAUAUGGCCGUAUCACCACCUUUGUCUCUUCACUUAUUGGCUGGCGAUCUUCCUCAUCGCUCAGCACUCAACAAUUUGAGAGGUGGGCAAAUGAGCAGCUCCUAGUUGCCAGUGAUUCCGAAAAAGGUCCAGAGCUCAGUUUCCUCAAAGUCAUGACCGGUAGAAUCUCGCCCCAGUCUGCCUUGUCAGAGGCCAAGGAGAUGCUGGGUCCCGGGACUGACACCACAUCCGCUACCCUUGCUCAUAUACUUUGGGCACUUUCCUUCGAUCAAACCCUACAAGAGAGUCUUGUUUCGGACUUGCGGGCAUCUGGUUGGACAACGGAUAUGACGGAACUCGAUACAAUCCCCAGGCUGGUCGCUUGUGUGAAAGAAGGUAUCAGAUGGACGGGAGCAGCGUCGGCUAUGCUUCCCAGAAUUGUACCGGCUGAAGGUGCUUUGUUGUCCGAGAAGCUUAUUCCUGGUGGUACCAUGGUCUCCAGCUCACCAAUCUGGUAUCUCCACGAAGAGAGCGCUUUCCCGGAACCUGAAAAGUACCGACCAGGCCGAUGGCUUGAAUGCAGCAAAAUGGAAGCUGUUGCCUUGCGCAAUGACUAUUAUAUUCCUUUUUCAAAAGGUGCAAGCACCUGCAUCGGCAAUCAGUAA